AUGGCAGAAAAUACACGACAAAAAAAUCAACACCAUGCGUUUGGUAUCAAGUCGCUUAAAGCAGCUCUCAAGAAACCAUUCCAGGGAUGGUCGACGGACCUCAUGCGAGCGAGAGACAACGACGAUGAUGACUACAAUUUCGCGAGUGGGGCACCCCGUGGUACCCAGAACAGCUGCAAGGAUAACUGA